AUGGCUGACGUCAAGAAAGAGACCGACGGGCCGCAGCCCGACUCCGUCGACGGAUUUAAUACCGCUCUGCUUCCCGACUUCGACAACGAUUUCGUAACGGACGAAGACUUCGCCGAAUUUACGAAAGCGUUGCAAGCUCCAGAGACCUCGCCGUCGACCGAAGACCUUACAGUACCACAACCCGAACAGCAAAAGUUCAUUACAGCACUCAACGAUUGGAGACCUGUACAUCAAAGGGUGAAGAAGCGGCGAGGAAAGUCCAAGAAGGCACCGCGUCGGGGCAAGGACGAGUCCCGCGAGGGCAUCUUCUACGAGGUGCUCAAAUACCCGCUGCUCAUUCUUGUCUUUGGGUGGCUAGCCUUCUUAAGUAUUGCCUACGUUCUUACCCGUUUCUACAUCUAUGCGUACGAACAUUCGGUGACAUGGCGCGGGCGUCGCCAACGGCUGCGGCGUCAACUGCAGGAUGCGAAAACUUAUGAAGAUUGGAUAAAGGGGGCUAAGGAGCUGGAUGCAUAUUUGGGCAACGAUGCUUGGAAGGAAAGGCCAGAUUAUGCAUAUUAUGACAGCAAGACGAUACACAGGGUGCAUCAGCAGAUGGCAAGGCUGAGGCAGAAAGCCGAAGUGGAGGAGCAGGGAGGGAGCACGAGUCAGCAAAAAGCGGCAGAUGAGCUACGAAGUCUGCUCGAGGCCUGCAUCAAGAACAACUUCGCCGGAAUGGAGAAUCCUCGUUUAUGGUCGGAGACGUACUAUGGCACCAAGAACCUUCUUCAAGAUUUCACCGAUGAGUCAGAAAAGUCACUGUCUUUCCUUCUGAAAACGUCCCAGCUCAGUCAGGAGAAUAAGAGGGCCAUGUUCAAGCAUUUGAGCACCAACUUCGGACGCACCGCCCUGUGUCUUUCAGGCGGUGCGACUUUCGCUUACUACCACUUUGGUGUAGCAAAAGCUCUCCUAGAUGCAGGACUCAUGCCGGAGGUCAUUACGGGAACUUCAGGAGGAGCGCUUGUCGCGGGUUUGCUAGGUACUAGGACUGAUGACGAGCUGAAGAAGCUGCUUGUCCCUGCCUUGGCAAACCGUAUCACCGCAUGCCACGAUACCUUUUGGGUCUGGUUCAAGAGAUGGCGCCAGACCGGGGCCCGGUUCGACAGCGUCGACUGGGCCAAGCGUUGUGCGUGGUUCACUAGAGGAAGCAUGACCUUUAAGGAAGCAUAUCAGAGGACUGGUCGCAUACUCAACGUUUCUUGCGUCCCGAGCGACCCUCAUUCUCCCACCAUUCUCGCUAACUACCUAACGGCACCCGACUGCGUGAUAUGGUCAGCAGUGCUUGCCAGUGCGGCAGUACCCGGUAUCCUUAAUCCUGUCGUACUAAUGAAGAAGAACAAUGACGGCACUUUAUCACCUUACUCCUUUGGCCACAAAUGGAAAGAUGGCAGCUUGCGGACUGAUAUACCUCUCAAGGCGCUCAAUCUGCACUUCAACGUCCGCUUCUCCAUCGUCAGUCAAGUGAACCCACACAUCAACAUAUUCUUUUUCUCUUCUCGCGGGACCGUUGGCCGUCCAGUCACUCAUCGACGAGGACGCGGGUGGCGAGGCGGCUUCAUCGGAUCCGCUCUCGAGCAGUACAUCAAGCUUGACCUCCAAAAAUGGCUAAAAGUACUGCGUCAUCUAGAACUGCUCCCCCGGCCACUUGGGCAAGACUGGAGCGAGAUCUGGCUGCAGCGCUUCAGUGGCACCAUCACCAUCUGGCCAAAGACCAUUCCUUCAGACUUCAUGUACAUAUUGACAGACCCUACGCCCGAACGUCUGGCGCGCAUGAUACAUGUCGGUCAACAGUGCACAUUCCCAAAGCUCAAAUUCGUCGCUAAUCGCGCAAAAUUGGAGCAUGUCAUACAACAAGGUCGGCGACAGUUCCGUCCCAGGAGCGGCCAUGACGGUGGCUUCGUAUCUGUUCUCUCAGAAGAUGACCUCCAAAGCCUCCUCAAACGCUCGAAGAAUGACCCGUCCGAAAACGCUGCUCCAUAUCCCCUCUCCGGCUCAGAAUCAUCUUCCAGCGCCGGACUUUCGCGACCUGGGUCGCCCGUCGACCUCCCACUGGGAUUCUCCUUCUCGACGAAGCACAAGAAGGUGCCACCACAUCUGACUACAGGUACAGACCAGGGUCCAAGUAAACCAACAAUGCCCGGAAGCCCCUCCCUCGGUAAGCGCCUUACCGGCUGGUGGUCUUCGCUCUCACCUCGAGACGCAAACACACCAGUUGCUUCGUCUUCGUCUAAACUACGCGCCCGAUCUCGCAACAAACGAUCUGUCUCCCCACCCGCCGCCUCGCCUCACGCGAAUUUCCGUCCAAACUCGAUGAUCGAGCUCCGCCCAUCACAGCACGUACUGCAGCCUUCAGGGUCCGCAUCGCCGAAUCGGAGCGGUAAUCUGUUCAAAGAGCUAAGGAGACAGAGCCGGGUCUUCGUAGAUGAUCACUCUGAUGAUGGCGAGGCUCUGGCUGACUUUGGUGAUGCAGGGAAGAGGUAUGAUGGUGCCGAUGACGAGGCAGGUGACGAAGCAGGGCUGGAAGAUUAUGUGGGGGACGACGAAGAUGAAGGCGAGCAUGGGCGUGAAGUUCAGUCACUUGGAGUGGGGCUUGGGCUUGAGGGAAGGGCCGUGGGCUAG